AUGAGCGAUAUAAAAAAAAUCGAAAUCAACGGCAAGACCGCCAAGUUCAACAUCUAUGUUCAAGGUGACUUGGAGGAGAGGAACCACAAAACUGUCAUCCUUACCGUCCAUGACAUCGGAACUAACCGUAAGUUUUGAAUUUUUGAUUGUAAUAAGUGUUGUUCAAUCUCUUAGAAGGGCUGACUUUUUGAUAAAAUUUAAGAUUUGAAUUCUCGCCAUUUUUGAGAUUUUUUGGAAAUUUAGAUAAAUUAGAAUAUUUUAAUAUUAUUUUCGGUCGAAGGGAUGACUAAAUUUUACCAUAACAUGUAUAAUAUGAUAUAUUUUUUUCAAUUCUUCAGACAAAUCCUUUGUCCGAUUCGUCGACCAUCCCAGCAUGGCCGAAGUGAAGAAGAACGCCGUCUUCUUGCACGUCUGCAUCCCCGGACAGGAGGACCAUGCUCCCGACUUCCAAGGAGAGUUCCCCACCUUGGCCCAAAUGGCCGAGGAUUUAGUUGUUGCCCUCGAUCAGUUGGAUGUCCGCUCAUGCAUCGCGUUCGGCGAAGGUGCUGGCGCCAACAUUAUCUGCAGAUUCGCGUUGCACUCGCCCAACAGAAUCAACGGCAUCAUCCUGCUUCAUUGUACCUCCACAACAGCCGGAGUGUUCGAGUAUUUCAAGGAUAAGGUGAGGAGUGUUUCGAAAGAAUUUUUUAGUUUAAAAACCGGUAUAUUUGUUUUGAGAAAUGACUUCAAAUCUUGACGAAAUUUUGCCUAAAUUUUGAUUAAAUUUAUUAUAUAAAUUUUGCUAAAGAAUAGUCGAUUUUUUUACGCCGCGCUUUGCAGAAACUACAAAAAAAUCUGGCGCGAUACAAGUCGUAUUUUACAUUUAUCAUCUCUUUAGAAGUAUUUCAACAAAAAACUUGUUCUUUUCAUGAAAAUUUCCUAUAAAUAUGGGCGACAUCUCUUCCAGUUUUUCGAAUUCUCUGAUCUGUAAUGAUCGCUAAAUACCUCUUUCUCAGCUGAAAGGAUUCAUGCAUCCUCCUCAAAAAUUUGAUGACAUCUUGCGUAAUAUAAAGCAAAAAUAAAUUCCACUUGUUUGCCUGAAAUUUUCGUCAACAAUUGUUGAACAGAAAACGCUUUUUCAAAUGUGCUUCAAUUCGUAUAUCAUUUUUCCUGCCCAAAAACUAAAGCCACUUAAAAAAUACAAAAUUGAGCGCUCAAGUGCGUCUCCAUAGCAAUAAGUCCCUUAAAUAGUAUCCGUUCUAAAUUUAAUGGCCAACUGGUCAUGAAUGGUUCCUUGUUCAAUUAUAAUUGAAAAAACUUCCGCUUUCUUCAUCUGGGAAAUUUAAUAAACUAAAUAAAUGUUUACAACAAAUGCCAUUGACGUCAGAUUGAAGCAAAAGACAAAAAAUGGACAAACCUUUUUGCUUCAGGCUUACCAAAGAACGUUUUUUGGCGCCUCGAAAAAUUGACUUUUUAUUGGAAAAUGGAGAAAAUUUGUGGAAGGAAAACUGCAUUGAGGAGUAACGUAUUUUACACAAAAAAUUUGCAAAAAAAUUUUUUAAUUGCCCCAAAAAUUAAGCCAAGAUCAAAGAAGCAAUUAUUUUUUUCAGUUCAUCAACCUCCGUCUGGAAAAUGACGUCAUGACUGAUGGCGCCUGGGAACUUUUGGUUAUGCACAAGCUGGGAAAUGUAAGUCCGCAAGAACUCAUCAUAAAUCCGAUUAAUUUACAUUGUAAAUUGAGCAAAUAAAUUUGAUGUUUCAGAACAACAAAAAGGACAAACAGGCGUACAUCGACGAGCUGAAGAGCACCUUGAAUCCCAAAAACUUGUCCAAAUAUUUGUUCGCAUUCAGCAAGCGAACCGACUUCUCGACCGUUCUCGGCGCUAAACUCGAUACGUAAGUUGUCAUUCUGGCAGGAUAUAAAUUUAGGGAGAACGUGUGGGAAAAACCUCUGAUGAGACGAGCUAUUUUUCGAACACUGUGUUUAGAAAGCGCAUAAAAAUUUUGAAAACACUAGGCAAAAAUGAAAAUUGCGACUUUACAGAAGGUGAAUGGCAUAGCGUUAAGUUUCAAACGUCGUAAGAGUCCUUCCGAAAAGUCGCUAGACUGAAAUCGGCGACACGCACUGUGCGAAAACAAAACUUUCCCUUGCACCGUGCAAUUUCUGGCUUUUUGCACCGUGCAAUAGCUUUUUUCGACUGUCGCUCGCACCCUGACUUUUUUUGCACAGUGCAAACGCCAAAAAUCUGUUUUAGCACAGUGCAUGCCGCCGGACUGAUCUUUGGCGUUUGCACUGUGCGAAAACAAAAUUUUUCCUUGCACUGUGCAAUUUCUGGCUUUUUGCACCGUGCAAUAGGCUUUUUUGGGCUGUCGCUCGCACCUUGACUUUUUUCGCACAGUGCAAACGCCAGAAAUCAGUUUUCGCACAGUGCAUGUCGCCGGGCCGAUUUUUGGCGUUUGCACUGUGCGAAAACAAAAUUUUUCAUUGCACUGUGCAAUUUCUUGCUUUUCGCACCGUGCAAUAGGCUUUGUUGGGCUGUCGCUCGCACCCUGACUUUUCUUGCACAGUGCAUGUCGCCGAUUUCCGUCCGGCGACUUUCCGGAAGGACUAGUAGUCGCGCCAUAAAGUCCGUAGAAUUUUUUUCGCCGACGUCGCGGGUGCAUGUCGCCGAAAUCACUCUUGCGACAUCGCAAACGGACUAGAGAAAGCUUUUGAAAUCAAAGUCGCGCUGCGCUGGCCCAUUUCCAAUGAUUUUUGAAAAAAACUAUGGGAAAUGAGGUGAGAAACGCCAAAAAUCAGUCCGGCGAUUUGCCGGAAGGACUACUAUAUCGCAAUUCUACAAAAAUAAUCUUUUGCCAUACUUCAUAAAAAUAUGGCCAAAAAAGGCAUUUUUUAAUUUUCUCUGACCGCUCUCCUCACUAUUUGUGGUCACUAUGCACCUCACCUUUUUCAUUCAAUUCCCCUAUAAUCUCCUCACUUUUAGUAUUGAUGCCCUCCUGGUCACUGGCUCACGAGCUCCUCAUGUCAAUACGGUGUACAAUACCCACAAGAACAUGAACAAAAAGAAGACCACCCUGCUGGUGGUGGACAAUGUCAGCGAUGUGAUGGCCGAAGCCCCCGACAACCUCGCGCGCUCACUUAUCUUGUUGUGCAAGGGCUGCGGAGUGUUGAGUGGAGUCGCCAUCCCCGGCAUGGAAAGGCAGCGUACUUUGAGCAGGUAGGAAAAUCAAAUUUUUUUUGACAAUUUUAUGGUAUUUUUUUCCUUAAAUUCGGUAAAAGUGCCUGAAGUUUAGGAAAAAAAUCAAGAUGAAAUUUUGAUAAUUACAUAAUGUAUUUACGUAUUUUUCUGGGUUUAUUUAAUUUUGACGCAAAUCGCGUGAAACGGUAGUUUUUUUUACUUUGUUCUCUAUAUCCUCUCGGGAUGACAUUUCUUCCGGGUUUCCCGAGAAAUUACCAUUUUUAUAUGGCUUUUUGGGGUUCGAUAUGACUCCAAACAUAAAAGAACUCUCAACUGGUGCUCAGUGUGAGAUUUCGAAAAGAUAAAUGGAGUUACAGUAAGUUGAAAGACAAAAAAAAAUAAAAAAUAAAAGAAAAUUUUUGACGAAAAUUCCAAAAAAAGGUAAAAAAAAGGUACAAUUAACUUCAGCGUAUUUUACACAGUCAUUUUCAAGACUGAUAAAAAUUUUAUCCGAUUAUUUUUCAGCUCAAUGGAGGAAGCGGACCGGCCCCGUCGCUUCUCCGUUCAACAAGCAACCCCCGUCGUCCCACCCGCAGCUGAGUAA